AUGCCAUCUUGUAAAAAGAUUCGUGAAGAGUUGAUCGAUUGCAUGCUCAAGUCAGAUUGUGUACUAGUUAAAAGACUUACUAUUAAAGCAUCCAGAUAUUCAUUACAAAAUUUCUUUAUUGAAGAAUGUUUUAAACCUGAAAAUUAUGAUGACGUUCCUAGAGAUUGUCAUAGUAUUCGUAAAAGUUUUUUUGAGUGUCGAAGAGGAACAAUGUCUAAUCUGAAAAAAACUAGAAAAGAAUAUCGUAAAGUUUUAACAAAUGAUGAACUAUUUUAUGACCCAGAUGUGGAUGAUGUAAAUGAAUUAUGGAUGCAAAGAAAAUUAUCAAAACAUAACAAAACAUCUUCAGAUCAAAAAACUUCUACUACACCUACAAAUGAAACUGAUGCAAUAUUGUCAUGCCCAAUGUGUUUUACCAUACUAAAAGAGAUCUAUUACCCUGUUGAAUGUUUGAAUUGUGGAACCAAAGUUGCUGUUAUGGAUGUAGAAGAACAUUCUGCAGAUGUAGGAGGGUGA